GUGCAACUCCGUCGUCCAGUCUUUACCAGACCGCUGUAUCUCUCUACCCUUUGUCAGUCAUUGUUCUCUCUUUUUUUCAAGUCCCUACGAAGUACGGUCCUUCUCUCUCCAACCAAAAAAGAAAUCAUGGGUUCAAUUGCACCACCUCCCAACCCGCCUCAAUUCCUCGUUAUCGGAGCGGGAUCUCGAGGCCAUUCCUACGCCCGCGCCGUCGAAGCCUCCACCUCAGGAUGCAUUGCAGCCGUGGCCGAAAUAGACACUUUCAAGAGACAAGAGUUUGGCCAACGAUAUAUAUGGGGACAAGGCAACAAUCCUGCCGCCCACCAAUCAUUUGAAGGUUGGGAAGCGUGGGUAGAAUGGGAAACACGGCGGAGGCAGGUCGCGGAACAAGCUGGAGGUGCUGAACCAAACUACUUGCCCAUCACCGGCGUGUUUAUAUGCACAUUGGACGAAACUCACGCUCCCAUCAUCCAAGCCAUUGCCAAGUUCAACCUCCACAUUCUGUGUGAGAAACCUCUGGCACUGUCGUUGUCGGAUUGCCGCUCCAUCUCUUGGGCACUGUCGCACUACCCUCCCAAGGUGGUGUCGAUCGGACACGUCCUGCGGUACUCUCCACACAACAUCAUGCUCCGCAAGCUGUUGACCUCGGAUCAAGUCAUUGGCGAGAUGGUGUCGAUUGAGCAUACAGAGCCUAUAGGUUGGUGGCAUUUCUCGCACUCGUACGUCCGUGGGAACUGGCGGAGAGCGACACCAGAAGGCGUCGGGUCACUCCUGACCAAAUCGUGCCACGACGUUGACUUCUUGAUGUGGCUCAUGUCUUCUCCGAGUCCGUUGACCGGCACUGAGCCUCAUCUUCCCUCGACAAUCACAAGCACUGGAAGCCUCACGCACUUCCGCAAGGCACGAAAGCCAAAGGCCGCUGGCGCAUCGACCAACUGCCUCUCGUGUCCCGCGGAACCAGAUUGCAUCUACUCGGCAAAGAAGAUCUAUCGUGACAGAUGGCUCCGUAAGGAAAAGGAUUAUGGCUGGCCUCUGAAGAUCGUCGUUCCAGAGAUCGAGGACAUUGUCAAGACCGAAGGAUGGGAUGCGGGUGAAAAGAGACUCAUGCAGCGGCUGGAGGAUGAUUACGACAAGGAAACUAUGUCUGAUGAUGUGAUAGCUGGCAGAGGUUGGUACGGUCGUUGCGUCUACGAGGCAGAUAACAAUGUCGCGGACGAUCAGACUGUCACCAUCGAGUGGGAGGAGGAUCCUCUUCCAGGUCACGAACUCGGUCGAGGCCCGAAGCGAGCUUUGUUCCACAUGACAUAUCCAACACUGGCACAGUGCGAUAGACGUGGUUGGGUGUAUGGUACUCUGGGAGAAGUGCACUAUGAUUCACACAAGAUCACCGUCCAUACAUUCGCUGACGGCCAGACGGUGGUCCAUGAAAUCCCCAAACAAGCACCCGAAGUCGAAAAGAGUCACGGUGGUGGUGACUGGGGUCUCGCGGGGGCAUUUGUUCAAGCCGUCCAACAUGUUGAAGAAGGUUCCAUGAGUGUCGCUCAGGCUCAACGAGAGCUUGUCGGAUGUGACCUCGAAGAAAUCAUUAGGAGUCACGACGUCGUCUUUGCCGCAGAAGAAGCAAGGCGAGAGAAGAAGGUUCUUCAUUGGGCUGAUUGGUCUGACAAGCACAGAGCCAUCACGGCAUGAUUCGAAUCGACAGUACCGAUAUUACGAAUGUGGACCUCAACUUUAUGAUUGAUGAAUGAAUGCAUGUUGAAAUGAUUGACGAGAAAAUGACCCUAGCAAUAUACAAACACCAGCUAUUUGCACCAUGAGUUCUUUUUUCUUCUUUAGUUGGUUACCGAGGUGGCGUUUGUCUGACCCAAGACCGGAAGAAUGUGUUGUAUCUACGAUGGUUGCUCGAGAAGAAUCUCACAUUCCAAUGCCCUCCCUGGAAUUUCCUUUUCGGGCCGAGUCGAGACGUUACAGUUCGAGCAUGAUUUAUGAUAAAAU